GGAUAGGGGUUUAAUGCGGCUUCACAUCAGUCUCUUCUCUUGUUGACCAUCCAAACCUCCAUACAUACCGUCUCGAGAUGGCACCCAAGAAGGCCAAGAGGAGGGGAGCAGCAGCAGAGGGCGGUUCCUCCAACGUGUUCUCCAUGUUUGAGCAGAGCCAGAUCCAGGAGUACAAGGAGGCUUUCACAAUCAUUGACCAGAACAGAGACGGUAUCAUCAGCAAGGAUGACUUGAGGGACGUGCUGGCCUCAAUGGGCCAGUUGAAUGUGAAGAAUGAGGAGCUGGAAGCCAUGGUCAAGGAGGCCAGCGGCCCCAUCAACUUCACCGUCUUCCUCACCAUGUUUGGAGAGAAGCUCAAGGGUGCUGAUCCCGAGGAUGUCAUCGUUAGUGCUUUCAAGGUCCUGGACCCCGAGGCUACCGGUUUCAUCAAGAAGGAAUUCCUUCAGGAGCUCUUGACCACUCAGUGCGACAGGUUCUCUGCAGAGGAGAUGAAGAACCUGUGGGCUGCCUUCCCCCCAGAUGUGGCCGGCAACGUAGACUACAAGCAAAUCUGCUACGUCAUCACACACGGAGAGGAGAAGGAGGAGUAAUGAAACAGACUGAAGAAAAGAAAACAGCCUCCCUUGCCAUUCUACCUUCCUGCUCCUCUCUUCUUCCUUCUAUUCUCUCAUACCUUCCUUCUCUUUAUGUGUACUCAUGUGCUCUGUCUCUCACUCACACAAAUUCUCUAAAAGACUCGUCUCUACUAAAGAUAUUUGUGUGAGAGCGGGUGCUCAUGGGUUGUCUAUGUUUGUUCGUGGGGAUAUGGGAUUAUUUUCAAUAAAAAUGAUCUUUUAACAUCUCCA